GUGAACGCUGUCAGGCUAAUAAACUUACAGACAAUACAUGAGUUUUUGUUUAUUACCGUGUACAAAUUUUUUUUCACUUACAAAGAAUACUUCAUUAUAUCUGGUAAUUUUAAUAUUUUUGAGGUGUAAAAGAUGAUAUUCGCUCCUAAAGCUCAUUCCAUUUAAUUCCCUUCGGAAUGUUACGAUUUUAUUAUGUUGGUUCCUCAUUGAAAAGCUAGCUGCGCAAUUUUUCACACUGUAGAGAAGAGUGGAAGGAUUCUCGCAAUGCGCGGGAUAAUGAUUGUUUAUGUUUAAAGGGUUUUUGAAAUUUUAUUACCAUAUAAACAUCGUGUGAUCAAACGAAAUAAUAUUUUAAUACUAAUGGAACUAAGUAAUUCUACGAACGAUAUGAAUCGUAUUGAACUGCCGAAGUUGAAGAAAGCUUUCGUGUCUUUACAGAAACUGGAUAUGUUAACUCAGAUGCCAGUUUCUGAAGAUGGAAGUGAAAAUAGUAAGGUGCAUACUGAUGCUUUAGAAGAGAGUGAAGAUCCAAGCAGUGAAAGUGUAUCAAUGGGAAGUGCUGAAUCAAAUGUAGUAUGUACAGAUGACGAUGAUCUUGAAAAAAAAAUUCAAGCAUUUUCAAUUCCCGUCAAAAAAGAUGCUGAAAAAUCAUCUUCCAAAUCUGACAUUGAAAGUGUUAAAAUUCACAGUGAAAAGGGUGCUGUUAUUGAGAAAGGAAGAGAGGGUAUAAAAUCAGGAAAAAAGCAGAUAUCUAAACCUGAUAAUAAAACAAAACAGAAAUCUGUAUUGAAAAUGGACACAAGAACACCUCCAAAUGCAGCUACUUCAAAUUCUAUCAUCGUAAGCAGAGGAAUAAGAAAAAAGAAGGAGGGUAUGGUAAAACAGAAAGUUAAGACUGAUAAUGAGAAAAAGCCACAAACAGCAGUGCCAUUGUCAGUCAAAGGACAAGAACUCAAUGCUGAUUCUGCCAAAGCCUCUGAAGUAAAUACUCUUAUUAAUAAAUCUUCAUUAGAUCACAGCUUAAGGAAUGGAAGAGGUGACAAACAAAGUGAAAAAAAUAACGAGAGGAAGGACAAGAAAGAAGAGUCAGAAGAUGUGGUAGAAAGUGCAUCAGGAUCUGAAGUUUCACGAAAAAGGAAAGCCAUUAAAGAUGAAAAUUCCCAAAUUCGAGCUAAAAAGGUACUUAUAGAGAGAAAAAAUUCUAAAUUGCCAAAUGAACCAACUUUUUCUGAACAAAAUAAGGAGAAAACAAAGAGAAUUAUAGAUGUAAAAUUGAGGUCUGAUUCUAUAAAGAAAAAAAAGAUAAUUCCUUCCAAAGACCCACCGAAGUUAAGUGACCGUAAUCCUUUACAUAUGAAGAGAAGUGCUCGGAUGUCAGGUUCAGAUAAUAGGGCAAAAUAUAUUGAAAAGGACUUGGAAAAGAAAACACUUAGAAGCAAAACUCAGAGCAAGACCAUUGAAGUUGUCUCCAAGAAACUACAAAAAUCGAAAAUUGAGGUAAAGAAGAGACAUUCAAGCAGUAGGGAAAGGAGUGGCAUCACAUCAAAAUUGAAAACUAAAGAUGGAAAAGCAGUUGAAAAUAAAAUAAAGGAGAAAGCCUCAGAAAAAAGCAUUGAUAUUGGAGUGGGAAAGACGGAUCACUCAGUGCCAAAGGAAGCUACCAAAGAUCUUGAAAAGUUAAGUAGUAUAAGGAAAGAUUCAAAGCGGAUUAAUAGAGGCCUAGAAAAAGAAAACUCUAAUUCCAAAACAAUUUCAGAAACGAAGUCAGAUGAUUUGGGGAAAAAAAUACAAAAAAGUUCUGAAGUAUUUGAUGAUGGUGAAGAGUUACUUGAAAAAAUUUGUGAUCUUUUAGAAGAAGCAAGUGGAGUUCCUGAAUCAGAGAGUGAGGAAAACAGAAUUGGGACACAAAAACUUUACUUAAGGCAUCAAGGGACAAUUUUUCAUUCUAAUGAAGGAAGACUAUUGAUCCCUGACGCAUAUUUUUUCAAGCCAAGAAUAGUCCACAAAAAUUCAAGAUUCCCUUCUCAAGGCAAAGGAACAGUUUCGUAUAAAAAGCUGUGGAAGUGGUCACAUUACGUGAAAAUGCCCUCAGAUAUGUGGUCUCUUCAUAAGCAUCCUGAUGGAAGUUUUGUAAUUGUGUUUCAUAUUUCAGAACUCUCUCCUUUCCCAAAAUUGAUGAUUGAUAAAUGUAUAAUAUUUAAGGAAACUGCAGCUCCACAUGUUAAAAUUUUUGGGAAGGAAGUUCUUGCUUUGAGUUCUGAUAAAGAAUUAAAGACUUUGGGAAAUGUGUGUUCAUUCUUGAAACAAAUUCAUGACAUUUCAUUAUGUGAGGGAAUGCUGUCUCCUUUGAGAGGGGGAAGCAACAAUAAUUGUGAAUUGUACACUAAUGCGAAGGUAUCCUUGCCGUACAAAUGUAAAUCUUGCCUGUAGUUAUUGUGUGUUGGAUUCUGCUAAACCCAUUGUUUAUAGUGGCAGAUGUGUGUGUUUGUUUUAAAAAUUACAAUUGCUUGCUUUUCUUUAAAUUUGUUUCAAUUAUUUUAAAUGUAUGUCAUUUCGUUUACAUUUUCAUGAUGUAUGAAAAUAAUAUAAAGUUAAUAUUUUGUACAGUUAAAAGUAUAACACUGAAAAAUCUUUAUAAAUGAUGUCUUAAUGUUGAAUAAUAGGUAGUGCUCUAUUUAUAUUUCAAUUCCAAAGUAUCGAAGAAGAUAUAAAUUUGUAAAUAAAGAACUGC